ACAACAUGGCGAACUAUCAUUCCAUGAGUAGAAAGAAAUGAGAAUUUCCUUGAGUUUUCUUACUCAAACUACUCAAAAAUUUCGAAUAGGCUAACUUCAAGCUCUUUCCGAAGUUAACAAGGAGGUUUCAUAUGCUUUCUGGGAUUAUAAGGAGUAUGUGGUAACUAAAACCAGUCGGUAAAUAGUGACAGUUAAUACCAGACAUGUCAACCAGGCGCGGUCAACAUAAAGAGGAGGAGAAUUCAGACACACUCCCCGUCCUGGGGGAAGAUGGACGUGGAAGUGCUGGUGGUUACUAUAACAACAACCAUGUCAGGAACAAACCAACAAGCUAUCGUGCCUUUCCGUCUGGCAGUAGACCCGGGUCUGGGAGUCGGCGUACACCCACCCCAACUAAACAGAUAGCCCUGCAGGCCGUGAGGAGGAAAGAUGAUGUUGUAAAAGAACCUUUUGAUGAUGUGGAUUUAGAAGAAUUAAACUCUACAUUGAAACUUGAAUCAGAGAAGUCUUUUCUAGAGAGGGAGAACUCCAACACAGAUCUCAAGAAAGGAGAUGGAGCCUCUGGUUUUACUGUCAAACUACCAAAUGGUUAUGGUUCUGGAGCCAGACCUAAGGACUCUCCGUCUAAAACUUCCCAUCAUAGUGACACAGACAGUUGGGACAAUGAGAUAGCCAGAUCUGUGCCUAACAGUAAAUCGCUACAGAAAACACAGAAUAGCAAGUCCAGUAAAGUCAAGGGUUCCGGUAAAACUGAGGAUUCCAGUGAUGACGAUGACGAUGAUGAAGACGAUGAUGAUCAAGCCAGCUGGCAGGAAGGGGACAACAAGACAGCUCCGAUGCAGCUUAUGAUGGAGUUUAUUGGCUGUCUGAUGCAAGGAGACUAUCUGAAUGCAGCAAAGCUGUGUAAGAUGAUUUUGAUGUAUGAGCCGACUAAUGCAGAGGCUUUGAAGUUCCAGCCGUUGAUAAAUGAGAAAAUUGACCUUGAUGCGCAGCCUGAUGUUGACUCUGGGAGUGGUGGAUCAGGGUCAGAGGAUGAUGAUGCGACAGAUGAGGGUAAUUCAGACGAUGACUCAGAUUCUGAUGAUUCUGAUGAUGAUUCAGAUUCAAGUGACAACAGUUCUAGUGAGGCAGAAAAUGAAGGAGAAAAGCCUGACUCAGGCAUAUCUUCUGGUCUCUCAAGAUCAAAUUCUAAUUCUGAGAUGGAAUGACAGGACUCCUAA